AGUUACCCUGAGGAAGAAAGCCCAAGCUUUUGUUUACCAUUGUUGCUUAGAAACGGCUGCUUGUUUGACUGGUCAGAGUUUAUCACUUCUGGGAUUCCCAGAGUUGGAUUCUGACUGUUAGAAGUUCAGUGAUUAAAAGUUUAUAUUUCUUAAAAUUAUUUAAUUCUGAGCUGACGCAAAGGUGACCACAGAGAUGUUCUCCACCUUUAAGAAGCUCUGCUGCUGUAAGAGAGAGCCGAAAACCCCUUUGGGGUUUUGUGAUGGCCCAAGCACCUGUAAGUGGAGCUUGGCGUGUUGUGACUGUAGUCAAGACAGGUAUGGCCAGUCUUAUGAUCCAGAUAAUAAAUUCCAUGAAGCAGUGUGCAUGGGAAAGAUUAAAGUGGUGCUGCAUCUCCUCUCUAAGAAGAAAUUUACCAUAAAUGACCAGGACAAAGGAAAACGAACUGCACUGCACUUCGCAUGUUUUUAUGGUCAUCUGCAUCUGGUUCAAUUCUUAUUAUAUAAUGACUGCAUGAUAAAUGCCCUUGAUGAUCAAAAGGCCACACCAUUAAUGAAGGCUGUACAAAGCUGGGAGACAAAGAUUGUUUCUGUCCUCCUUGAUAAUGGAGCAGAUCCCAAUUGUAAAGAUUUCAAUGGAGAAACAGCACUACAUCAGGCGGUAUAUGUUAACAGUCCAGAUAUUGCCACCUGUCUUCUUGAAUAUGGAGCAGAAAUUGAAGAAACUACUAGGGAUGGGUUUACACCUCUACUUCUAGCACUCCGAGAAAGAAAAUUCCUCAUGGUAGAAUAUUUAAUAAAAAAUGGUGCAAAUAUUCAUGCCUGGGAUGAUUAUCAAAGAACAGCACUCAUGUAUGCUGUUCAAUGUGAUUCUGAAGCCAUUGUCAAGCAAUUACUGGAGAAAGGUGUUGAUCAUUCCUUAAAGGAUGCAUUUGGAUGGAGUGCACUUCAGUAUGCAGUGGCAGGGAAACGCAAAGUAAGGAGUUUAAUUUUGGACUAUGAGGACUCACUCCUCUUAGGUCAGCACCAUAUCUUCUCAGGACAGCUGCGUACAGACUUCUAUUCAUCGGGAUAUUGCAUCAAGUCUGAGUCACUGAUUUCUAUGUGCUCAAGAGAGGAGGAAAUAGAAAAUUCUGAAAUUCAGCAAGACAUUCCUGAGAAUAUUAUGGAAAAUGGGAUAGAUUAUUUACCAGAAUCUUCUAAAAACUGUGAAGAUGUUGAAAAACAAAAAGGUAAGGAGUAUUCUUACUUUGUAUUAUUGACAGAAGUUUGCUUAGAUAGCAUAGUCAAAUAAAAUGAGCUACAUCUUAUUAAUUAAAACAGAAGUAAAAUGUCAAUAUGUUAGGGCAGAAGAGUUUCACACAAAUGUCAGUAAAAGAGUUGCCUUUUAUUUUAUUUAAUAUUUUUGGGAAUAUUGCUCUUGUUCAAUGUAUUUACAUUACUUUAACCUUUCCCACUAUUCCUCCACCACUUCCUGUGCUCCCGACACUCUCUUAAGUUUAUUUAUUAGAUAUUUUCUUUAUAUACACUUCGAAUUUCAAAAGCUAUCCAGAAAGUUCCCUAUACCAUGCCCCCAUGCUACUC